AGAGCGCGACAAGGAAGGCAAGUGACAGAGCACAGAGAAGAAGAAGGAGGAGGAGGAGGAAGGAGGAGACGAAGGAGAAGAAGAGGGAGGAGGAGAAGAUGUCUGGCAUUGCUCGAGGCCGUCUGACGGAGGAGCGGAAGGCGUGGCGCAAGAACCACCCCCAUGGUUUCGUCGCGAAGCCGGAGACUUUGCCCGAUGGCACGGUCAAUCUGAUGGCGUGGCAUUGCGUGAUCCCUGGUAAAGCCGGGACUGAUUGGGAGGGCGGUUUCUACCCGCUUACACUUCAUUUUAGUGAAGACUACCCAAGCAAACCUCCAAAGUGUAAAUUUCCUCAAGGGUUCUUCCACCCGAAUGUGUACCCUUCUGGAACUGUCUGCUUAUCAAUCCUCAAUGAAGACAGCGGUUGGAGACCGGCCAUCACAGUGAAACAAAUUCUUGUUGGCAUUCAGGACUUACUGGACCAGCCAAAUCCUGCAGAUCCUGCACAGACUGAAGGGUAUCACCUCUUCAUCCAGGAUGCCACCGAGUACAAGAAGAGAGUUCGAAAUCAGGCCAAGCAAUAUCCGUCACUUAUCUGACAUUGGCCUGCUAUCUGGUGAUUGGUGGUUCUUCAUCUCUGUCAAUUUCUCGCCCAUGUUUGUCUGCUUUUUACUCCAGACUGACUGUACUUGGUAAUUGUUGGUUACCGUUAUAUCUAGACUGGUACUUCGGAACCAUUCUAUCAUCUUUUUACAUAGUUCUGGGGCUUCAACUGUUAUAGAUGACUGCUAUAAACAAACUGUUCAUUCUGUUCACAUCGGUGAAAGGUGGCUUUAUUGUCUUUGGAUCAAAUGUUGGAAGAUCUUCCUUGUCUAGCUUAGUGGAUCUCAUUAUGGAUGAGAAUCAAUGAGCUUCAAGGAGAAACUUUAUUUCUAUGAUAGAUGCAAGAACGAUUUAUGACAAA